GAAAUGAGCCUGGAGGUAGGAUUGGGCUACAUUAUCCAAGGCGCAGCAAGGAAAGGAAUUUUGACUUUAUCCUUGAGAACCUGAAAGCCAUUGAGGAGUUUUAACCUGGGUGUUUGCAUGAAUAAAUUUGCAUUUUAACACUUGGCAGUAUGUAUCUGAGGGUCUAAAGGAAGUCCUGUAUGGCUGGAGCACAGUGCGCAAAGGAAGGAUUUUAAGUAAAUUGGGAAAGUACUGAAGGGUUUUAAUCCUCACUGGAUCUGAUUUCAGCUUUUAAAUGCUCCAAUUAUGUGACCAGCUAUGAGCUCUGUGACAGAAGGGACUUGCCAUUUUUGUUCCCUACUGUAUCGCCAGUGCCUGGCACACUGUAGGCACUCAGUAAAUACCUGUUAAUUGUUGUAGGUCUCAUGAUACCCUGCUUCCCAGGGCUCUUAGGAUAAAGUGCAAAAUCCUUAAUGUGGCCAAACAAUGUCUUGCACAAUUUGUUCCCUCUUUCCCCAUUCUUUCUCCAUCCUCUCUCUGCUCGAGCCCUGACUGGUGGUUGCCUCAUCUACUCAGCCCACCAAACCCCACCUUUAGCCACUGGCUGCUUGUCAGUUCCUCAAACUCACUGCUACUUUCCUUCCCACUACCCUUUCUUCUCUCCGAGGCAGUUAUUUCCUCUGCCUUCAACAUCACUCCCUAAGAAUGGGCCGGUCAUUUACCAGGCACCAAGAUGCAGUGUGGUGGAGUGGAAGGAGCCCCCAGUUGAUAGGUGCUGCACCCUGGCCUUAAUGCUGACCACCUCGACCACUCUGCACAAAUCACACCAACCUCUGCCUCAUUUUUCUCCUCUGUAAACCAAGGUGCUGGACUAAUGAUUUUUCAACCCUGACUAGACAUUAGAAUCACCUGGGGGGCUUUUUAAAAAUACCAAAGCUUGCAUCCCACCUCCAGGGAUUCUGAUUCAGUUGGUUCCAGUAUUUUUUUUUUUAAAACCUCCCAGUGAUUUUUAUGUGUAGUCAGGGUUGUGGACCAUCCACACUAAAUGAUAAAGGGUUCCUUCUUAUGUUUUCUGGCACAAAGCAGCAAGCAAUGCUCUGGGGAAUAUUUUAGACAAGGGAGACCUUGGUUCAUGAUUCAACAUCAGACAAAUGUCCAGGCACAAAAACAGAGGGCCCUCAAUGUUCCCCCAAGGCACAGCUAUCCAGAGGGUCAGCUUCAGGACAAGGGUACUUUAGAGCCUUGUCUCAUCCACCUCCCAGCCUGCUGCUGCCUCCAGGACCCUCUCUUAGCCUGGUGAGAGUUGCCAGAUUGUCCACUCGGUCCAGGAGGUUUGCAUGGCCCGCAUUCCUCUUUAGGAUACCAGUGAUGCACUACCUCGUAGGGGGAAAGUAACCCGUGUAUGACCACAGGAAUGCACUGUCAGCCGUCACCAGGACCUCCUGAGAUACAGCCUGGUGCCCAUCUCCACAGCCACAUCCAGGGUUGUAAGAUUUGGGGAACCCGUCCUUUGAGGUCAUCAGCAGAAGUGUGGCCUCUCCUUUAGUAUCCAUACCCAGAUCACUUGCUUAUUGCCCUGAAUUCUGUCCUCUCCAGGUUUGUUAGAGGUGCCUCUCAGAAGUUUACUUCUGCUAGGAGAAUUUGCUUAUUUCAGAAAAACAAAGCACACAUUUAUGGGACUCCCUCAGGGCCUGGAGCCCCAGGCUAGGUGCUUUGGGAUUACAAGGGACUCUGGGGUAGUCAAGAGAGUCUUGAACUGAUAGCCUAUGCACCGGGGUGUGAAUCCAGGACCCUCUGCUCACUUCUCUGGGUUGCAGAUACCACAUCUGUAGAAUUAAAUGUCCUCUAGGGUCCCUUUCUGAAUGGCAUCCAGGAGCCCAGGGCAGCAGGAGGCAAUGAGGAAGGCAUGUCCUGCUAGAUGUGAGGCAGCAGAAGCCACAUAAUGUUAAGGGAGAGUUUAGCACCUACGAGAGCAGAAGGAAACUGUUAAGAAGCAAGGUGCCAGGUUGCUGAUCCUUUCCCUCUGGAAUUGGGCCUGGGUGGGGGUUAUGGUGAGGAGAGCCAGGUGUCUGUCCAGGUGUGGAUGUUCACAGUGGUAGUUUUCUCAGCCAGUGUUUGCAACUCACAGGGAUUCUUGCAGCCAAGAAUUGUGCACCUCAGCCACAUCCUGAAAUGUAUUAUUGCUGGAAGUUAAACAGUGUCACCUCUGUUAACAUAAGCAAAUUAAGUGUUUAUAACAUCCAGGGAAAGCAGGGGUGGGGGGUGGUAGGAAACUCAAAGAAAUUGUAAGGAGCGUCUCCAGUUCUUCCUGGGAGGAAGUUGCCAGGACUUUGAAGGGCUUGUCUUGGAGCACCUUCCUAUUUCUGUAGAAUCACAAUCAGUUUCUGGGUUAUUGAAGGGACAGAAAACGCCCUGGAGCAAGGGUGUGACUUCGGAUACAAGGUAAUUCACAUUCUCAUGAGGAUUCAGAAUAUUCAUUUUGGGUGAGGAAGAGGAGGAAACCCACUAUCUGUAAGUUUUUUUUUCUGGCUCUGACUUUCCGUGGUCACCUGUUGCUGGUUUAUAGAGCCCAAACUUGAACCCAGAUUGUUCAACCUAUGAAAUUACACUUAGGGUGUUAUAUGUAUUCAGUGAUACCAUAGUAAGCCAUUUUUUAAAAAUGUACAAGCUAUAAUAUGAUCAGGAUGGAAUCUGUAUAACUAAGAGAUGGAAUUGGACAUAGAAAUGAUAGUGUUUCUUUUGUCUGGCUAUGGCAGACUCUCAAAAGCAAAUUGUUUUAUACAAUUAGCAUUGUCUUCAGGUCCUCAAAAUCCCCUCAUUCAUUCAACAUAUAUGUAUUGAGCCAUGAUCUCUCUAUUAGUGAUUUGUAACCAUCUUUGGUGUUCACAAACUCUUUUAAAAAUGUGAUCGAAAACUGUGGCCUCUCUCCCCAGAAAACUUUUCUAAUUUUCUAACUUUUAAUUUUAUGUUUUGCUGAACCAUUUGAAAGUUAGUUAUAGUCAUGGUACUUUAUCCCUAAAGCCUAUAGCAUAUGCUACCUAAAAAUACGGACACUUUCAUACAUAACCUCAAUACCAUGAUCACAGCCAAGAAAAUAAUUUCUUCAUUUGAUCCAAUAUCCAGUCUAUUAUCAAAUAUCCCUUAAUUGUCCCAAAACUAUUUUUAUAGCUUUUACUUUUUUAAAACCAGGAUCCAGUCAAAGUUCACAUAUUGCAUCUCAUUGUUAUUUCUAUUUAGUCUUUUUAAAUCAAGAACAAUCCUUUUUUAUUUUUGAUGACAUUGACUUUUUAAAAGACUAGUAGUUUUCUUGUGGAAUUUCUCAUAUUCUGGAUUUAUCUGAUUGUUUCCUCCUAAUGUGGUUUGGCUCAUUAUCUGUCCUUCAUUAUUUUCUGUAAACUGGAAUGUCUAAGGGCUUGAUUAGAUUCAUUCAGGUCAAAUAUUUUUGGCAAGAAUAUUUCAAAAGUGAGGAUUUGUGAUUCAUAUGGCAUCACACUGGGAAGCAUGUGUCAGUUUUUCCCUGUAUAGGUGAUGCUGGAUCUGGUUUCUUGGUUAAGGUGGUUUCCACCAGAUCUCCCUCAUUAAGAUACAUCAGUAAGGAAUCCGUGACGAGAUACUUUGGCAUCAUGGGAGUGUCCUGUCCCCCAACACCUUUCACCUAAUGGUUUUGGCAUCCAUUGAUGAUCUUUGUCUUAAAAAAAUGGGAGUUUCAAAAUGAUGAUUUUCUAAUUCUCCUGCCCCUUCUACACUUAUUAGUUGGCAUUCUUCUGUAAUACUCAAACAAUUUUAUUCAUUUAGUCCAUAUCCAAUAAUUUUUAUGCAAUUCCAGGGGUUUUAAAGACUCAUCAAAUACCAGCAAGGCGCCUGGGUUAAGAACAUCUGCUCUAAGUAUGAAGGUGGCCAAUUGUGGCAGGUUUUGUGUGGAAGGGGAGCUGCAGCUGAACUCCUCAUAGACCUUUUAUUCUUCCUAUCAAUUGCAAGGGGGUUAAAUUCCCAACCUCAAAGAUAACACAUGCCUGUCAUAAAUGUUAUAUAAUCUGAACAGGUAUGAAUACAGCAAUAAUGGACAGAAUAUAAAUAAAUAGAUAACUUUGGGUUCAAAAAAAAAAGAUAACACAUGUCACCCCCCCAACAAAAACAACAACCUCAGCCUCUAAACUUCCAGGCCACUCAAUAAAGUUAGGUGAUAAAGGGAUCCAAAGCCCACAGGAAUCACCCAGUACCACCCUCCCUUUCCUCUUUCCAAACACUUUGCAGUAUGUUACAACUGAAAGAAUGCUGGGCUGAGUUCAUUUCCUGCAAUUUCAAAAGCAGGGAGUUGGACAAGGCAAUCUCUAGGAUUUCUCCCAGCCCUAACAUUCUGAGAAUUUGGUAUUUAUCUUCAUUUGCCAGUUAAAUUCCUUGAUUCUUUUAUUUGAGCUCUGUAUUUGUAUGUUUAUUUCACCCAUUACAUCUCGUAGAGUCAUACAUAUCUAAAUACAUUGGUGCUUCCAAUUGGAAUUUACAGUCAGCAGUAUAAUAAUCCCUUACAUUUGUACAGUAUUUUUACUUUAUAAAGCACUUUUAUAUAUUAUUGAAUUAGCUGUUAUAGUCCUGUUUUGUUCUCUCUUUGGGUCUUACCAAGUCUGGAAGUUUUGUUUCUAGCUCAUGAUGUAACUAUAUUAAAAUAAGUAGAAGGCCAUUGAGCUUUGUUAUGAAGGACUAUUACCAUACCUAAUCAAUAAUGGUAUCGAUAUUGCCUGUGCUUCCAAUUGCUUUACUCCACCCUCGUAGAUACCUUCACAGUGACUGCUCCAGUUGCCUUUCAUGGCUCAAUGUUACAGCAAAUCCUCCUAUCCCCUGCCCCAUGAGGGUCUUGUUUACUUUAAUUCUAGAGCACGUGUGUCAUUGUGGCUGGUUCUGCCACACUUCCUCUCUUGCCACCACUCUAAAUCUUGACCCUUGCACUCUUUGUGAUCUGAACACUCACUGGAUUUGGGAAACAAGGGUUCUGGUUUCUCACCUAGAUUUCCCUGUGUUCCAGGCUUAUGCUUAGUGCUUUCAAUAUAAUUCUUUCAUUCAACCUACUUAGAAACCCUUGAAGGUAAGUAUCACACUCUGCAUUUUAUGGAUGGGUAAACUGAGGCUCAGAGUACUUAAAUGACUUCUCUGUUGUCAAGGAGAGCUGUUGACACAUGCCUGUGUUGGAUUGGAUGUGCCAAGGCUCAUAACCUCAGACAGAACCUGGGCCUGGCUGUAAAGGUAAAUAGGAGCUAAGUCCUCAGGUACUUAGCCUCUGUGCUCCCUCUAAGGGCCAGGCCCUCAUCAGCACAGAGCAGUCAUGGCCACCUGAGGAUUCCUCCCAUAUUCAUUUCCCUCAUGAGUUUAGCCAGAAAGACAGCUCGCCCUUGUUAACAAUAGAGCAGCCAGGCCAGCUAGACAGAGGAAUCAGAACUGAGAAUGAAUCAGCUCAUAAAGUCACCUCUCUUUAUGUCUCCCAUUAAAGGGAGACAUCAGAGCUCAGACUCCUGAUGCUUCUUGAGUGUUGCUAAAGAACCCCAGUGCUCUUAGUCCUUGAAAUCUGGAGGAACAAACAAAAGGAACCUCUUAUUCUGUCAAGGCCCUCAUGAAUGGUUGUUCUGCUACUUAUGCACUGCACAACUGUGGGAGCAUUAUAUACAUAGUGAACAUUGUAGAUUUGUGUAUUUAUUACGACAGUUUCCGGCAGAUAGUGAUUAAAUGUAUUGUUCUGUCAAAAUUGGUGCAUUACAACAGUUUCCCAACAGUUGGAAGGAAAGGGUCUUCUUGAGGCAGAAGUGCUUUCCCAGCAGCAUGGUAUGGGCUAGCCCUGCCAUCUACUCUACCAAGCUACCUUCUCUGGUCCUCAGUUUCCUCAUCUGUAAAAUGAGGGGGUUGGUCUAGAUGAUGGGUAAGGUCUCUCUUUUUGCUCUGACAUUAUGUGAGCCUAGUAGGAGCUGAUAAGUAACCAUGGAUUGAUUGAUUGCUGGAUCUGGCAGCACUGUGCAGGGCUGCCACCUCCACCCCUUUGCUCUGACUGCUCUUGACUCCAUACUCUGGUCUCCAAGAAGGAGAAGCUCCACAUCAGUGAACAGAGACCCCUCUUGCUGAGGGCAUCAUGGCCACGUCAGCCCCACUGCGGAGCCUAGAAGAGGAGGUGACCUGCUCCAUCUGCCUCGAUUACCUUCGGGACCCUGUAACCAUUGACUGUGGCCACGUCUUCUGCCGCAGCUGCACCGCUGACGUCCGGCCCGUUGCAGGGGGCCGCCCUGUCUGCCCGCUUUGCAAGAAGCCUUUUAAGAAGGAGAACAUCCGGCCCGUGUGGCAGCUGGCCAGCCUGGUGGAGAACAUUGAGCGGCUGAAGGUGGACAAAGGUCGGCAGCCAGGAGAGGUAGCCCGUGAGCAGCAGGAUGCGAAACUGUGUGAACGGCACCAGGAGAAGCUGCACUACUACUGUGAGGAUGAUGGGAAGCUGUUGUGCGUCAUGUGCCGGGAGUCCCGGGAGCAUCGGCCCCACACGGCCAUCCUUGUGGAGAAGGCCGCCCAGCCCCACAGGGAGAAAAUCCUGAACCACCUGAGUACCUUAAGGAGAGACAGAGACAAAAUUCAGGGCUUUCAGGCGAAGGGAGAUGCUGAUAUCCUGGCGGCACUGAAGAAGCUCCAGGACCAGAGGCAGUACAUCAUGGCCGAGUUUGAGCAGGGCCACCAGUUCCUGAGGGAGCGGGAGCAGCACCUGCUGGACCAGCUGGCGAAGCUGGAGCAGGAGCUCACGGAGGGCAAGGAGAAGUACAAGGCCAGGGGCGUUGGGGAGCUCUCCCGCCUGGCCCUGGUCAUCUCCGAACUGGAGAGCAAGGCCCAGCAGCCGGCUGCAGAGCUCUUGCAGGACACCAGAGACUUCUUAAACAGGUACCCACGGAAGAAGUUCUGGAUUGGGAAACCCAUUGCUCGGGUGGUUAAAAAAAGGACUGGAGAAUUCUCAGAUAAACUUCUCUCUCUGCAGCGAGGCCUGAGAGAAUUCCAAGGGAAGCUGCUUAAAGAUCUGGAAUAUAAGACAGUGAGUGUCACCCUGGACCCGCAGUCGGCCAGUGGGUACCUGCUGCUGUCGGAGGACUGGAAGUGCGUGACCUACAGCAGCCUGUACCAGAGUGCCUACCUGCACCCCCAGCAGUUUGACUGUGAACCUGGGGUGCUAGGCAGUAAGGGCUUCACCUGGGGCAAGGUCUACUGGGAAGUGGAGGUAGAAAGGGAGGGCUGGUCCGAGGAUGAAGCGGAGGGGGAUGAGGAGGAAGAGGGGGAAGAGGAGGAAGAGGAAGAAGAGGCCGGCUAUGGGGAUGGAUACGACGAAUGGGAAACGGAUGAGGACGAGGAAUCGUUGGGGGAUGAAGAAGAAGAAGAGGAGGAGGAGGAAGAGGAAGUUCUGGAAAGCUGCAUGGUGGGGGUGGCCAGAGACUCUGUAAAGAGGAAGGGAGACCUCUCGCUGCGGCCGGAGGACGGAGUGUGGGCGCUGCGCCUCUCCUCUGCGGGCAUCUGGGCCAACACCAACCCCGAGGCCGAGCUCUUCCCGGCACUGCGGCCCCGGAGGGUGGGCAUCGCCCUGGAUUAUGAAGGGGGCACUGUGACUUUCACCAAUGCAGAGUCACAGGAACUCAUCUACACCUUCACUGCCACCUUCACCCGGCGUCUUGUUCCCUUCCUGUGGCUCAAGUGGCCGGGGACACGCCUCCUGCUGAGACCAUGAGACAGGACACCUGUCCCCGGGCCGCACACCCGCAGAUGCUUCCAAGGCUCAGUGACCUGUGGGGGGAGGUCGGAGUGUGCCUGGCCAUAGCACCUGGAGCAGGGGACAGGGGAGACACCAUAUCCACUGCCACCCCCGUCCUGUGGCCCCCUUUGAGUCCACACUCAGUGCUGUUACUCCUUCUGUACUGCUGCCCUCUGGCUCUCUUCCCGGCCCCUGUCGGUUUCUUGGGAAGUCCUUGAGGGACUCCAAGUCUGCUUUUUCUUGCCUAGUGUGGCAUACCAGCUGGUAUUGGAAAAACUAGUUGAUGAUUCUGCCUAAGGCCAUUUUGCUCUCCUCAAAAUUAUGGGUUCCCCCUUGCUCAAAUCUGCUUUGCUGCCUGCCUUCCAUGGCAUUUUACACAGACUUAUUCCACCCUAACUCCGAGUUAAACAUACAUGAAAAUGCUAAAAAUGAAUUGAAUGAAAACCCACUGAGGCUUCCCAGGCCAUUUAUGUAGGUCAACUGGAGUCAUCUCCUUGUGCAAUGCUUGUGCUUCCACAUAGGCGUUGUGAGGUCCAGAGUGGAGUCUAUGCUUCUCUGAGGCCAGUGCUGAGCAUACGAGGUUUCUGGAACUAAGGAACUGGUACUCUUUGGAGCCAUCUGUGGCCUUAGGGGGAGGAGUUUAGAUACAUGUGACUGGGGUAAGAAUAGUGAUUGGUGAUCAAUAAAUGAUCUGUGUAUUGGUCCUGAAAACACCAGGGGGAAUAUCCAAUAGGGUGAAAGAAACCUUCCUUGCCUUUAGAAGCUCACCACCUCUAUGGUCAGUUUCAUCAAUAAGAACACCAAGCUUCUGUCCCUGACCCUACUCCUCUGCUAUUUCAACAUCCAGGUUCCACCUUCCUAGUGGAGAGAGAGGCUGGGGAUGGGAGGACUGAGCUAUAUGGGAAGAGGAAAGGAAAGUAGUAGGAAUCCACAGUGAGCCCAUCAGGUUCUCAUGACAGGCAAGGCUCACAGGCCCAGCCCCCAGCCUCCUUGUUUCCAGGCACCCCACUCCCUGGGCAGCCCUAGUGGCCACAGUUCAACACACCAAAUUGGUCUCACAGUCUUCAUCUUCACCCUUCACCCUACCAGCCUUCUCUGUUGAUACAUUCCUUUGCUCUGCCAGUUCCCUACUUGUCUACGUUUUAAUUCCUCCAUCCCCUAAUCUAAGAGGCUUUCCAGUGGCUGUGGGUCUCAGUGGUCUCUGAGCCUCCACAUUGUCUGGAAGUUGCCCACUUUGUAUGUAUCACUUGCUGCCUGAGUCACAAGUACAUCUUAUUUCCACAGCUAGUUUUGUGAACUCCUUGAGGCUGGAUACCAUAUCUUCUACUUAUCUUGUAUUCUCCAUAGCACCUACUGCAGUGCCGGGCACAAAGUAGGUGCUCAAUAAAAACUUGUUGAUUAAUA